CGAAAAGUAAGUCCCCUCUCCCUCACCUUCCCUCGGCCCGACUCCUGCUGUCGCCCUUUCUGGCUCGUCCGGUCUCAUUUUUUUUUCCCCUGGGGGGCGCGCAGUGAAUGGGCUGGGGGGUGCAGCGCGGGGGUGGGGGUGCCUGUGGGCUUGGGAAAGUGCAACAGCUCCUGGAAGCCGGGGGUGGGGGCGGAAGGGGGGGGAGGGGGGAACCCCGGGUUCAGCGGUUGAAAGUGUGGGAUUCGGGGGAGCCACCGUGCGGAUCCCGCGGUGUGGGGGACCGAUACCGGCGGCGCCCGCCGCGGUCCCAGCGAGGGCGCGGGCGGGGGCUCACCUGUGUGGUCCCCCGGCUGCCGCCCGCCCGCCCGCUCGCUCCCUCGCUCGCGAUUCCCUCCAAAGCCCCAGAAAUCUCGGUGCUCUCCGCGUGUGGCAACGUUGUUUGGAGAAAGGUAGUGAGGAGGCCGCGCACUCCUGCUCCUGCUCCUCCCCCUCCGGGUCCCCCACCCCCCGCUCCCGCGCCCUCCCCUCCCCGCCCCCCGCCGCCCCCCUCUUCGGACCGGGCGCGCGACCGCUCGCCCGCCGGAGCAAACUUGGAGCAGCCUCCGGGGCCCUCUGGGAAGAAACUUGGGGCCGUUGGGACUGAAGGCAGCAUCCCAUUCCCAGUCCUGGAGCCCAGGAGCUGCCAGGGCGUCUGGAUCCUCGGGGGCAGGAGAAAAGAGCUGGCCGGGUUUGGAGAGUCCUCCUCGGGGGCACAGAGAGAACCUGCCGCAGUGCCUGGAGCAAGGAUUGCAGCGAGGCUGGAGGCGGAGAGCGCCUUAGGCAACUGCCUGCGGCGUUAGGGACUCGAGCCGUGUGGGGACUGAGGGACUGAUCCCCUGGACCUGGACCCUUGGGACUUACCUAACAUUUCAGAGUGCCGUUCUUGGAGAUGGCAGAUAAUACUUGGAAUUGUCAUAUCCACUUCUUUGGCAGAUAUCAGGGAGAAUCUUCUGCUUUACAUUUUACAGCAAUAUACAAUAAUAAUAGAUGGAGAACCUGUGUGAACUGGACUUAUUUUUAAUAAGUCAGGUUAAACGGAAACUGGAAAUUGCUCACCUUCUUGUAUUGCACUAAAAUAAACAUUUUGCACUGAAUUUUUUACUAGCUCAGAAUGUAUUUUUCCACUAA